AUUGGAGGGGGUUUAUUUCAACUGCUGAAGAACUGAAACUAUAAGAAGCCAUGCUGAGAUGACGAGAAGGGGUUGGAAUGUUGCUGUGGGAGUGAGUUACAGGAAGAAAGGGACAGGCACAGAGGCUGCCUGUUAGUUACUUCUGAGACCCUCCUUUCCUCCAGUCUUCAGACGGCGUGGUAAAAGUACAUUUUGCUUCAGUUCAAGGAACAUCAGGCUGCAGCCAGGAUGUUUCACAAGGCAACCAAAGACCUGGUAAAGCAGUUGGCUCCAGAUGGAGAUCUGCUCCCAGUUAGCAGCCUUAUCGACCAAGAUCACUUCAGACCCCUCUACCUCGUUCGAAGGAAACCAAAGAAGAGCUUCUGGAUGACUCAUCACCGCUACUACAAAACAGGAGUUAGGCUCAGUGACAUCCUGGUACCUGGACAGGACAGCAGAAAUCUAGAUGUCCAGGAUUCACACUCAAUCACUGUUGGGGAUUCCAGUGAUGGCAGAGUAGAGUGCACUAUUAAGCUGCCUCAACACUUUCAGAGUUCAGAAGUGACAGGAGCUGCCAGCACCUACCAAGUGAAGUCCAUCAAGGUGAAAAGAGCAGAGGUCGGCCCAGCAGACCUCGAGUUUCUGCAAGAAGAAAGGAAAAUCAACAUGGACCAUUCCUUCAUUAAGGAUUUAAGGAAGCGCAGAGAGAACUUGUACGUGAUCAACGAGGCUGUACACGCUUCGGAGGAGACCACAUUAUACAAGGCCAACACCAUGGAAGGCAACAUUCUGAAUGAGAUCUAUGUCCAUUUUUCAUUAAAGGGCACCAGAGGCAGCAAGAGAGUCAUAGUUAUCCCUAAGGACUGCGUCCUGGCGUUCAGAAUCAAGCCGCUAAUUAUUCAAAGUGAAUCAUGGGGUAUUUCCCAUCAUCCAGACAAUGAAACAUUUGUUGCAGACGAUGGAGGAAUGGAAGGCCUGCAGAGCGACGUUGAAAAAGAAUGUGCAGAGCUCUCAGAGUUGUCCACAGAUCUGCGUGCCAAGUUCUUAAAAUCAAUCAUAGCCGUGAUAAUAAACAGCGACCUCUUGCAAGAACUCAAACUCAAGCUAGAAGAGGCUUUUGAAGAUGCUGAUAAAUGUGAGCUAAAGAGUGAGAAUCCAGACCUGGAAGACCUGCUAAACAAUUUACAGGAUUCUGAAGGAAGCAUACAUCGUUACCUUGUUGGGCCGGUUCUCUACACUCUACACGCGCUUGGUGAGCUAACUGAGGAUCAGUUACUGCGGCUGGCACAGUCUGUGGAGAAGCAGAUUGUAUCCAAACAGCUCGAGCUGGUCAAGAGCAUCUUGAAGCAAGAUUUCCACCUGAAAGACGCUUUCAGCCUGGAUGCCAAGCUGCUCUCCUCCCUGCAAGAGGAGGAACUGAACAUAACCAAGGCAAUGAUAGAGCUGGGUGGAGUAACACUGCAGAGAAAUGGACCUUCUUUCACUGGGACUGGAGACCUGGCUGCUUUCUCAGCCCUCGGUGCAUUGUAUGUAGCCUUGUAUGCUUUACAUCUUCUGUCUAGAUCAGACUAGACAUGACACCUUUCCUCAUAUUAGAAGGGAUGUCAAUAGAAAGACUGAAAAAAUAUUUCCUGAGGUUGACUAUGGGAAGUGAGUUUUUCUCAAAUUUUAUACACACCCACACACUGUAACAACCUUACUUGAUCUGGAUGAGACUCAUAGACUUUAAGGCCAGAAAGGACCAUCAUGAUCAUCUAGUCUGACCUCUCAUCAUAUCUCCUCAAUGCUGCUUCUAGAUCAGUGGAUGGGAGAAGGGAAUUGUUGCAAGUUGCCUGGCAGCCAAAGGAAGUGAGAAACCAGAACCAAGAAUUAAAACAGGUUCCCUCACGAGAACCCAUGGCCCAGGAUGUCAUGAGCUUGUCUACCAUAUUUUGGCAGAACCGGCCAAUGGGAGCUGGGGUGGGGGGCGGUGCCUGCGGGCGAGAGCCAUGCAGAGCCGCUUGCGUGCCUCUCUCUAGGAGCUGGACCUGCUGCUGGCCGCUUCAGGCGCAGCGCGGUCCGCAGUGCCAGGACAGUGGAAUGUUAGGAUAUAGAUAUUCAGGCCUGUCUGUAAACAUCUAUACUUUAAGAAUUUAAGUAUAUGUUUAUCACUUUGCUAGUUAUAGAGGUAUAAAAGAAUCAAAAUCACUGUCUGUCGGUGUAAGGGCCUUUUCUCACUGUGACAGUUUGCGGCCCUGUUCUUAAGCUAAGGCCUUUGGCUAAGCAGUGAGAGCAGCCAUAAGCUGGAAAGCGUCAUGUCAUCACACAUUUCAAGCCAGUCAUAUUGAAAUAAGGCAAUCUGGGGCUGUUAGAAAGGGGAUCCGAUCUAUCACCUCCGGAUAAAGAGAAGAGCCUAGAAGAUGUAAAAGGAAAUUUAGUUUGAUAGUUUUCUGUUUGGUAAGAACUCACUUAUCAAUAGACAUAGUUGGGAAACCCUUAUGCCUUUAUAGAUGUAGUUGUGAAAUCCUCACUUCUGUAUUGUUUUGUCAUUACAGUUCAUAUAAUUGCAUUAUAGUUGCUAUUGUUUA